GACAAUAAGCCUUUGGAUGCUUGGGGAAGCUCCAAAAGGCCACAGUGUCUGGCCUCCUCCACUGGGGACAGACAUCUGAAUGUGGGGGAAGAAAAAGGACCUCCAUCCCAUCGUCUGCUUUCUGAAGGCACAGAGAAGAUUUGCUGGACAAGGAUCCUGACAGGGCCUAGGGUGCUGGUCCCAAUCUGCCAUGCACUCAGGCUCUGUCUGCACGUGCUGAGAGGCCAGGAAUUCCUCUCCCAGUGUCCCAGCUCCUGCCUGCACGUAUCAGAGAGGGCAAAAUAGCCUCAGAGGAAGACCUGGCAGAAAGCGGCACCUCUUCUCUGCCAGCACCAUCCAGGUGUCCUGGGCUGCACAUCCAGGUGCUUCAGAGAACCUAAGGUGCUCAGUCUGCUGGGCUGGCAUUAAUGACUGAGCCUCCGUGAGCUGGCAUUGGCACCCUUUCUGUUUUUACUGCAUGGUGGAGUGGUUCCACAGAAGAGUGGAGGGCCUGAUAUGCCAGUCACCUUUCCCACACACAUUCCACAAGGUAAGAGACAGUAAUUCUGAGGUGCACUAUAUGGAGGAGUCCGUCAGCUCUGCCAGCCAUACUCAAGAAGAGCGAGCUGGGUCCCGCUCUACAGAAGGAUGUCAGCAUCAUUCCCCAGGACGACAGCACCACAAGUCUUGCAGCAGAAGCUGUAGUGGUAUCUGUGGUGGCAGCCGCGGUGGCAGCUGCCGGGGCAGGGCCCAAGAGGAGAGCCAAAGCAGGUAUCCAAGGAGGCAUCACAAUGGCCGCACCAGGGUCCAGCAGGCCCAGGGCUACAGCCACUCAAGCAGCAGGAGACAGCGGCCGAGCAGGGCUCAGAACACUUCUCGUGACAAGGGCCGAAGGACCCAACGGCACAUCCGUGCCCCCUCAAGGAGGCGUAAGCGCCGUCAGCAAGAAUACCAGGUUUCUUUCGUAGAACCUAGGGCAAUAAGGAGACGAUCCCAGCAGAGGUCGCACAGAUCUUCCAGCCAAACAUUGAGGGAGUAUCUAAGGGAGAUGGAACGCGAUGAGGGACGAGCUCUAAGGCAUGACUGGUCCAUCCGUGCCUCUUCAGGGAGGAGCAGGCACCAACAGCAGAGGCACCGGCUUUCUUACAGAGAACCGCAGAUGACAAGGAGCCAAACCCCACGGAGGUUCUGCAGCACGCUGCCCCUGACGGAGAAUCCAAGGAGGAUGGAAUGCUAUGACAGACAGAUUGAACAGGGCAUCCAUGCCUCCCCAAGGAGGAGUGAGCGCCUUCAGCAAGGACGCCAAGCUUCUUUCAUCGAACCACAGAUGACAAGGAGCCAAUCCCGGGGGAGGUCCAGCACACAGUUCUAAACACUGCAGGAAACUCUAAGGAGGAUGGAAUGUGACAUCUCAACCUCCUUGGAGUGGUGUGAGUGCCAUCAACAGAGACGCCAGGUUGAUUUCACUGAACCACAGGUGACAAAGAACUGAUCCCAUGGAGGUCCUCCAGCCAUGCUGUGCACAACCCUAGCAGCAUACCCUACCAACAAUGGAACUACUGUAUGCCCUGUUCCCAGUGUCAGGAAUUAUACUACUUUAGACAAAAACAGCCCCUACUAACAAUUGCAAAAAUAAAGUCAAAUCAAAUGCUCAA